AUGAAAUUGUCUUUUGAGUUUCUGGGAAUUACUCUUGCUUGGUUGUUGAGUUGGGCAGGAAAAGCUGCUAUUGCUGAAGAUAUACUACAUUCAAAGUCGCUGGAUAAUUGCAUUAUGAAAAACGAUAGUGCAGUGAUUGAUUUUGCUGCAGUUGAAUAUGACACUAACCCACAAUGUCCACAAUCAAAGGCCAUUGGUAACCUUCUUUUUGAUAGAGGCCCGGGAACAACAGUAGAGAAUUGGGCGAAAGGAUGGGCCGAUAUGUUUUGGCAAGCUUCACCAGACUUUUAUAACAACCCUAUGUCUGCUGCGAUACUAAGUCACUGCCGCCCGAUCUCGAGUCCUAAGUACAACUCUUGCCCCUUUGACCUUGAAAAGGAUACCUUAAUAACGGCGACAGAAGAAGCAAUACACCGCUUUGUCGCAAUUCUACCUAUAGCUAGAAGAUAUAUUAAGGCGCUUCAAACCUUUUCAGAUUCCAUCACAAAUGAAGAAGUAGCUGCACUAUAUGCCACGGCAACUAAUGGUCUGCUUGAUAAAAGGGGUGACCUAACCGGUAUCUACUUCUUUUGUGAUAUAAUGCGGAGUGUAGCUAUGUUUUACACAACUUGGGAACCCGCGGGAGGUUUAACUAAAAGUGGCAUCAAAAGCGCCGUUGAAAUUGGAAAAAGGAUUAUAGACAAUCCUGAUCCGACUGAAGAGACUUUCUGUGCAGAAAGACAGUUUAGGCACUUCUUGUAUCGUAUUUUAAGGUCCCAGCUGAAGAUCCUUUCCUUCUUAAACCUUCCUAAGACGCCCCUAGGAAAGUACUACAAGUUUGAGGUCAACAAUCACUGGAAGGGUAAACUGGAAGCACUGGUGAAUCUAAACAUUCCUAAUAUCGUAAAAAGCAUGCCAGUUGAUGCAGCCGUAAACAAGAUAUACAAUACUUUCAAUGAUGCUUACGUUCUGGAUUGGCAAUGGGAUUGGCGUUCUAAAGUAGGCCUCUUGGUGCAACGAUCAUAUAUGUUCAGUGAGGCUGGCAUGGGACCCAAAGGUGCUCCAUCUAUACCUCUCAGUGAGGUUAAGGAUUGGGUUAAGGAUUUAGAUAUAACAACAGAACAAAUCGAAUAUAUAUUGCAUGUCUUGGGUACAUUAAAACACAAACUCACAAAUCCUUCAGCUGUAUCAGCCAAUAGUUCUACUAGCAUUCACGAGUGUGUUGAGUAUCUAGGCCGAGCUUCGUCAUCUACAGGACCCUCAGAACUAAGAUCUAACGAACUUAUCUCUUUCCAUGGUUUGCAUAAUCUGCUCUGGGAUAGUUUUAUGAUGACUCCAGAUAAGCUAUCCUAA